CAAGGGGCAGAAAUCUCAAAGUAUUUCUGCCGGGUGGUGCCGCAGAAGAGCGGUGGUUACGGUCUCCGGAGCCCGCGCCGCUCUCUGUGGGGACAGGGGCACCCCGUCGGGGUCUUACUUUAGGGGUACUCCUAUGGCUUCCCAGGAGAGGGAGGAGGCAGUGGCCAAAGGAACGGGGUUCUGGCGCUGCCCUAAGCCGGCCACUUACACCCCGGGGACCUGUGAGCUGCUCAGAGGUCAGUGCGUUAAAGGACACGAGAAGAGGAGCAAUGUGAUGAUGAAGAAAUCCAAACUGACUAGCUUCCAACAGCGCCACAUCAUGGACACCAUGAGAAGAGGAGGCGCUCUGCCCCUACAGUGCAGCCCAACGUCCAGCCAGAGGGUCGUGCCCUCCAAGCAGCCAGCCCCAGCCAUGUACCUGCCUCCCAUCCUGGCAGCCCGGUCCCGCCUCCGGCCAGCCAGCAUGUGCCAAGCCAACGGGGCCUACAGCCGGGAGCAGUUCAAGCCUCAAGCCCCCCGAGAUCUGGAGAAGGAGAAGCGAAGACUCCAGAAUAUCUUAGCUACUGGGAAGAACCCAGAGGAACAGAAAAGAAAGCCCCCUCCUGUGCAACAGGAGGGCCCAGCCCCUGAGGUGGACCGGUUUGAAGAACUGGUGAAGGAAAUCCAGGAGAGGAAAGAAUUCCUGGCCGACAUGGAGGCGCUGGGACAGGGCAGACAGUACCGAGGGGUCAUCCUUGCCGAAAUCUCCCAGAAACUACGGGAAAUGGAAGACAUUGACCACAAGAGGAGUGAGGAACUUAGGAAGGCUCUCGCCCCGGCUUAAUCUGUCUCCAGAAAUGGGGGUGGGGUAGCCCACUCCCUUGCCAAGCAGGGUCAUCCCCAGGUCAGCCCACCCACUCUGGCCUUCAGCCACGUCAAAUGGUCGCACCGCCCUGGCGGAGGGUACCCUAGGCAUACACAGUGCCCUAGAAGAUGGACCACAUCUCAGAAAAUGAGCUGAUUCUCCUCGAGACUCUGCCCAGGGAGCCCGGGUCAGCUGAGCCUCUGAGACCCACAGUCAUACACACACACAUGACUUUGAGACUUUUCUCGGGGAAAGAGCCCAUCCACAGUGAAAGCAAGGCCCACAUCUCAGCAUCUUGGGCAUUUGUCUAACGGCAUCCAGUGGGCUCUCUGCCGACCACCGCCACCCACCGUGUCCUGCACUGUAGUUUUCUGAACUCAGGAACGAGUGUGAUUUCUUUCUUCCUACCUGUCUUAAGAUCUGCUUCUUUAACCUCAUACAGCCUUGGGCAAAUGUUUAACCGCUAUGAUUAAUUAGCCAAUAAAACACAUUUAACGUAUAUCAUUACACACUGUUUUGUUUUCAGAGGGAUAAGGCUUAUUUGUUCAAGGAGUUAGAAUUUUUCAAGCACAGAUGGUUUCUAGCUGUUUGUGUAUUUCAAGUAGAAAUGGGAACGAACACUUCUGGGGAGCCCCAUGGUAGGGCAGUGUGGUAGGUGCUGGAUGUCACUCUGAGUUAAUUCUCAGUAAACUCCUGUGAUGGUUGGUUACCCAUAUGAAAAAUGGAGCUUACCAAGAUACUAUAACCAAGGUCAUUGAACUAGCAAGUAGCCUACUCAGGAUUAAAGUGGGCUUUACGUCUUCCCACUAACCCCACGGCCCAGAGAGAGAAACACGCUGGAGGGAUCCAGACGGAAAGAGCCUGACUUUGGAGUUCUGGUCCCGGCUGGUGCUCUGUGUGCUUGGGCAACACCAGCCUCGGCUCCGACCGCUCGUCCGAGGCCCUGCCUUAAAGGGCUGCUGAGGAGACACAUGAGCACAAGAGCAGCCCCCGGGGCCCGGCAGACAGUACAUGGCAGUCCCCACAUCUUCUGACAACCACGAGCCCUGCGUUCUCUGGUAUUCUGUUAUUUUCCUGUCCCCAUAAAUCAAAAUAUUUUGGAAGUUUUCAACAGUCUCUCCCACCUGGAGGGAUUCAUAUAAUCCUACAGGCCACGUGACGAGUUUUGGUUUGCAGAAUAAACACAGCCCUGCAGCCUCACACAGAUAAGCAGAGAGGGUCAGAUCAGGGCCAGCUCAGGAACAUUCCAUUGGAAGCCUGUGUCCACACCUGCCAGAACCUGAGGGCAGAGGGUGCCGCAUGACCAGGACAGCCGUCUUCCACCUCAAAGGCCCCAGCACGUGGCCCCAGGGCA